AUGGAAUUUUUUCUAUAUGAUGGAGAACGACAAGAGAGAGCAAUAAAAGAAAGUUUGGAAACUUUGAGAGUGAUAGAAAAUCAAAGUGGGCUUAGUGAAAAAAUGUUCAUUAGUGGCAACACAAUUGGAUUGGCAGACAUAGCUUUGGGUUGGGUUGCACAUAUUCUACCAGUGAUGGAAGAGAUUGUUGGAGUCAAGUUCAUUACAAUUGAUGCAUUUCCUAAUCUUCACUCUUGGAUGAAGAAUUUCUUGGAAAUUCCUGCUGUAAAAGACAAUCUACCACCACAUGAGCUACUUGUUGAGUAUUAUAGGGAAAAGAGGAAGGUGUUUCUUGCAAUGGCUUUUCAUCAUCAUCACCACCACUAG